UCUCGUGUGCUUCCACGCUUGGCUCGGGGUCUCAUGCCUGGCCCAAAGCGCCCACACCCGGCCCGCAUUGGCACCCACGGGGGUACUUUCCACUGCGACGAGGCGCUCGCUUGUUUUCUUUUGCGCCUGCUUCCUUCUUAUCAGGAUGCAGAGAUCGUCCGGACGCGAGAUCCCAAGUUGCUCUCGGAGUGUGAUGUGGUGGUGGACGUUGGGGGUGAAUACGACCCACAGAAGCAUCGUUAUGACCAUCACCAGAGAUCGUUUGGAGAGUCGAUGCACAGCCUGAACCCGAAUAAACCUUGGCAGACCAAGCUGAGCAGUGCGGGGCUAGUGUAUUUCCAUUUUGGCUCCCAGAUUCUGGCCAACCGGUUGGGCCUGAAGGAAGAGGAUCCUGUCGUGCGGGUGCUCUAUGACAAGUUGUAUGAGAACUUUGUGGAGGAGAUUGACGCGAUAGACAAUGGCAUCUCCCAGUGGGAGGGGGAGCCCUGCUAUGCUGUGAGCACCAAUGUGAGCGCCAGGGUGAGCUAUCUGAACCCCCGCUGGAAUGACGGAGACCAAGACACUGAGGCUGGAUUCCAGAAGGCCAUGGAGCUGGUGGGCAGUGAAUUCCUAGACCGGCUUGAUUACUACCACCGUGGCUGGCUGCCGGCGCGUGCCCUUGUGGAAGAGGCCAUCCAGCAGCGCUUUGAGGUCGACCCGAGUGGCGAGAUCCUGCUGCUGGGCCAGGGCGGUUGCCCGUGGAAGGAACAUCUUUUCACCCUGGAACAAGAACUGGGCAUAAAGAAGCCCCUCAAAUUUGUCUUGUACACAGAUCUCAGUGGCAAGUGGCGGGUGCAGUGUGUCCCUGUCGGCCUUCACACCUUCCAGAACCGGUUGUCGCUUUGGGAGGACUGGCGUGGUCUGCGCGAUGAAGAGCUCUCCCGAGUCAGCGGGAUCUCCGAUUGCAUCUUCGUGCAUUCCAGCGGCUUUAUUGGCGGAAACCACACCAAAGAAGGGGCGCUGGAAAUGGCCCGGAAGACGUUGGCACAGCAGAUGGAAACCAAUGCAUGCAGCUCCUGAAGACCGCAUGACUGGACUUGUACGGGGAUUAUUUGUUG